UUAGCUUUUUCUCAUCGCCCAUUGUCACUUGCGUGUGUGCGCCUGGAUACGUUGCAGUUUAAACGCACUUUUAGUUUUUAACGUGGUGUGUUUCGGAGUUGGCACGUCCCAGCAAUUUGAAGUUGCGCACUGAUUACUCGGGACGUCGUAUUGUUGGUAUUUGCUAAAUUCAUGUGAAUUGGACUGGUUGACACCGUGCUCAAUAAGAAGGGGGAUUGUAAAUCGUUACCGCGGUGAUGACUCAUCCACUAGCGAAACCACCUGAGAGUCUAGGAGCGGCGACUUUGAAACUGCCCCCGAUUGAGACGAACCUACAACGAUAUCGACCGAAGAAAGAAACCAUAUUGUCUCACGGCCAUAUAGUUGAUUUUGACAGCAGUUACAGUCGAGACUACAGCGAGAAACCACUUCUGACCAGGAUCACGAAGCCGUCGUCCCCGGCAAGAAGACACAAUCCACAACCCAGCCAAGUAUAUCAUGUGCGCAGACUCUGUAACGAGCCUAUUUGUCAUGUAAAAACGCUUUUUAAUCGUGAAAACAUGAACGCCAUGAACACGAAUGAACCCUUUAUGACAUCAACAGCGCAACAUUUCCCACAGAGAGAGCUACCGUCACACAGAAACACAAGAUUCGGCUGUAACAUAAAUAAACACCUCUUUGCUAUGGGUAUAGUUCCAUCAGACUCCGAAACUAUUGACAUGGAAAGCGAAGACAGUAUAACGGCUCGGGAGAGGAUGUUGCCGGCAUGCUCACGGACAACCAUUAUGACGACAGUGAAACCAUAUGUACCAAGAAGAAAACGAUUGGAACCAGCAAGCCUCAGCGAAGGGUGGAAAAUGUCCGAGCCAUUGUCAUUUCUCGUGAAAGACGACGUAGGCCGUAGUACGGGGAUACGGCGUGCUAUGAGGAAGCGCAUCAUCCCUGGCAGCCGUGUCACUUCGUUACAAGUGCCCGGAUUCGACGGCGGUUUACCGAAAAAUUCCGAGCAGAGUAUUACCGGGAGAAAGCUAUCGAAACGUCCACAGGAAUUUUAUGAUUACUACAUAAAAGUAGCAGCUGCGACUAAAGCGCAGAAGGAAAAAAUGAAAACCAAACCGUGGAUGAAACCAUUUUAAAUGUAUAUGUAUAUGGUCGCUAUGUUCAUUGCAGAGCGGUGAAUGCGAUGUGGUGUGUUUGUGAUUUCUUCAAAUUUAUUUUUGUAAGCUGUUGGUUGCAGUGCAACAUUGACAUUCCGGCAGACAUCCGUCCAUUUUCACCAGAAAAAAAAUUGUUGUAAAUAGGAGUUAUAUAAAACUGUUUUCUUGAACUUCC